AUGCUCCUCGACCUCCCCAAAUCACCAUACGCCCUCCUCUCCCUCCCCCAACCUCAAACCCUCCUCGUUACGCUCUCCCGCCCACACGCCCUAAACUCCCUCCCCUCGGCCGCCCACCACGACCUCGCCUCCAUCUUCGCCUGGUACGACGCCGAACCCUCUCUCCGCUGCUGUAUCAUCACCGGCGCGGGCGAUAAAGCGUUUUGUGCGGGCGCGGAUUUGAAGGAGUGGUUGGAGCAGGUUGAGGGUGGUGUGAGGAGGGUCAUGCCACCCGAGGGGUUCGGUGGGCUGAGUCGGAGGCGGGGGAAGAAGCCUGUUGUUGCGGCUGUGAAUGGGGUUGCGAUGGGUGGUGGGAUGGAGAUGUUGGCCAAUUGUGAUAUCGUCAUCGCGGCACAACACGCUACAUUCGCUCUACCAGAGGUCAAACGCGGCGUAAUCGCCCUCGCCGGCGCCCUCCCCCGCCUAACCCACACCCUCGGCCUUCAUCACACCUCCCUUCUCGCCCUCACUGGCCGUACCCUCCCCGCAGACUCCCCCCUCCUCCGCCCUCUCAUCGCGCAAAUCGUCCCCGCCUCCAAACUCCUGCCUACAGCUCUUGGGAUCGCAAAGGAGAUUUGUGGGAAUAGUCCGGAUAGUGUUAUCGUUACGCGUAUGGGGAUACGGAGUGCGUGGGAGGCGGGAGGGGUUGAGGAGGGGACGGAGAAGGUUAUGAGGGGGGAAGCGUAUGGGAGGUUGGUGGAGGGUGAGAAUCAUAGGGAGGGCUUGAGGGCUUUCAAGGAGAAGAGGAGGGUGAGGUGGGUUGAUAAUGAUCGAGACCACUGUGAGACUAAUGUUGCUCGUGUCGAGAAUCUUGGCACGAUCAAAGUCCUGUUGUACCAUUGUACCGAGACAGUACCAGACCCGGUGGUGAAUUAUACGGAUUUCGAUGCCACAAAGCCUAUUGACGAGAGGAAGAUGAAAGCGAUAAAAGUGCCCGAACAUUGUACCGAGGUUGCUCCAAAAGAAUUCCGGUUUGCCUGUACUGUGCAUGAUCGGCAUCCUUACGUGACCUUCGUUUUCAAGUAUCGUUCCAGAGACUUCUUGGAGAUCAAAGGCAUAAUUCCUGGUUUCAAUGCCGAAUUGCAAGCCCUUGCUCCCAAUCACAAGCGCGAACGCUCCGGAACCUUGACCGGUGAAGAGGAAGUUGAGGUCAUCCGGCGUCAGGUUCGCAAGCUUGAGGCGGAAAAGGCUCGUAUGAAGGAAAGGGAGAUAAGGUUGCGUGGGGAGAUCCGAUGUGACCUCACGGGUGAAGCUCCGGUUGAGAAGACCGUGCCCGCGGCUGAGAAGGUGUGCGAUAUCGUCGAUCUUACGGAGGACGAUUAA